UGUUUGGACGGGCGCCCUGUCAUUUUCGUCCCACCUACACUCGUAAAGUUUGUUGCACACGCGGUGCAAGCAUUGAUAGAUGAAAGAGAGGAGGGAAAUUGAUUGACAAUCUGAGAGUCGAGGAGAGGGUGGAGAAAAAACGGAGUUGGUGUAAGGGACGAAGAAAGGAAGAGUUGACUAGACAGAUAUAACGAUCUUUCAACCUCUUUCCCUCUAAUAUAUUACCGAAGAGGGAAAUGCGCUAGGCGUUAGUCAGGAAUGCAUCGUUUAAAAUUACUGCCUUGCUUCACAGCCGGAGCCUGUCACUUUAGAGUCGAAAAUAUUUUGGGGAAACCCAACGGCUUUGUCAAUCGGCCGUGGAAAUGGCAACACUCCCCCAGGGGGCGAGCGACAAGCGGCGUGAGCGGUGCUGAUAGAAAUCCCCUCCUGAAAGCUUCCAAAUCCCCGAUGAAAAAAAAUGAGAAUGGAGACACUCAGAACGAACCGAGGAAGCACAAACCGGGCCUGAUGCCAGGACUGGAAGACAUGCUUUUCUACACAAUCACCGAGGGACAUGAGCAGAUUCCGAUCCCCAAGUUUAUCAGUGCAUUGAAAUCAACAGGACUGCUGACCUCUGACCCCCGGCUAAAAUACUGCAUGGAUCUUCUGCAUCAAACAGUACAGAGUUCCUCAAGUGGAAUCACUCUGGACAGACAUCUCUUCAGAAAGCUCAUUCAUUACUCAUUAUAAUUACUAAGUCAUUCAUUCAAUUUGAAUACAAAGCUCCCCUCCUCUCCUUUCCUAACAUUCACUCCUCCUUCGGUUGCAGCUGAGUUGGGAGUUGAUAGGAACAAGAUGGCUGGUAAUGAAUAUGUGGGCUUCAGUAAUGCUACGUUUCAGUCAGAAAAAGAAACAGGAGACAGAAAUUUUGCCAUUGGAUACUACUUGAAAGAGAAGAAGUGCUUUCCAGAGGGUGUUGAUAUGAUCGCUACACUAGAUUUCUACUUCCAGCUGUGUUCAAUUGAGGUGACAUGCGAGUCAGGUGGAGUAAUGGCUGCCACCUUGGCCAAUGGGGGAAUCUGCCCAAUCACAGGAGAGCGGGUCCUGAGCGCUGAGGCAGUGAGGAACACCCUCAGCCUGAUGCAUUCGUGUGGGAUGUACGAUUUUUCAGGCGAAUUCGCUUUUCACGUUGGCCUUCCAGCAAAAUCUGGUGUUUCUGGUGGUGUUCUGCUGGUGGUGCCCAAUGUGAUGGGCAUCAUGUGUUUGUCUCCUUCCUUAGACAAAGUUGGAAAUAGUGUGAGAGGUAUUGACUUCUGUCAGGAGCUGGUUUCUCUGUUCAACUUUCACAACUAUGACAAUCUGAGGCAUUUUGCCAAGAAACUAGAUCCACGGAGAAAUGGAAGUGAAGUCAAGGAGGAAUCAGUGGUGAAUUUGCUGUUUGCUGCAUACAGUGGUGACAUAGCUGCUCUGCGGAGAUUUGCACUCUCUGCCGUUGAUAUGGAACAGAAAGACUAUGAUUCACGUACACCACUACACAUAGCUGCAGCUGAAGGUCAUGUGGAAGUGGUCAGUUUUCUUCUUGACGGCUGUCGUGUAAACCCCUUCUGCAAGGACAGAUGGGGCAAUACUCCGCUUGAUGAUGCAAUUCACUUCAACCAUCACCAUGUUGCAAAGCUGCUAAGGAACUACCAGAUGUCUUACUCUCUGCCAGAGACAGCAGACAGCAACUGUGAGGAUGAAAGACCACCAACCUCUUUUGUCACCAAUGUCUGAAUAUCAGUCCUAGUUCUCAUGUGUUGCCUGUGAUGUAGGUGUCUAGUUAAUGCAAACAGCUGUAUCUUGUCCUGCCAUAGUUCUACUGGAAAUUGUGUUGUAGUUUCACAACCUAAUGUCUUACAGCAAAGUCAAAAAUCAAUAUUCACACCAAUAAAAUCACCAAUAUUUUGGUCAGGUAGCUAACUAACAGAAAUCAUCACCGUGAUAAUUCAAGCCAAGUGCUCAUCAGGAUUUUGCUCCUCAUCCUUUUAAAGAAGGAUACACUUACAUUGGAGGUAGUAGAGAGAAGGUUCAUUAGAUUGGUCCUUGGAAUGAGAGUGUUGCCCUAUGAUGAUAGGUGAUUUAAUUGAAAGAAAGAAGGUCCUGAAAUGGACAGUUUCCACUGGUCAGGAGAUCUGAGAUGUGGUGGGGGCAUGGUCUCAGGAUAAGGGACCAACCAAUCUAGGACUAAGAGGAGUAGAAAUUACAUUUAAAAAGGUUGAGAUUCUUUUGAAUUCUCUGCCCUAUUGGAUUUCAGAUGCUUCAUCAUUAAGUAUAUCCAAGGUAGGGAUAGACAGAUUUUUGGGGUCUGUGAAUUAAGGUAUAUGGGGAGCAGGUGGGUGAGUAACAUUGAAAUCAAAUCCUGGCUUGAUCAUAUUGAAUAGUGGAAGAGGCCCAAAAGGGCCAUAGAGUCUACUCCUCCUAUUUUUGUCUAAAUCAAUUGCUGACAAAUCCACAUGACUAAGUUUUACAACAGGCCAAAAUUCCACAUUUUAAAAAUGGGGAAAAAAAUAGAAAAGUUAAAAUUAUGGAGACAAAAAAUCUCAUUCAUGAAACAAGAAAAAAAAGUAGAUGAUGGAGACAAGAUUUUUAAAAAUUAUACUUCCCUGGUGAUGACUUUCACUUUUCUCCUCUGGUUUUAAGGGAAAUUACCAUGUAACUAUACAGCAGUUACUAUAAUUAUGUACAACAACCUUGGAACUGUGUUCCCUCAAACAUGACCAUUAAAGACUAUUUAGUAUUGAUGCCAACGUAAAGAAACUGGGUUAUUUGCUCACUGUAUCAAGGACAGUUAAUAUUUAAAAUGGACAACUGAGGCUUUGGUAGGAUGAUAGUUGUCAAUUCAGUAAUGUUGUACUUGUAUAUUAUGAAUUAUGAUGACUGUCCCUCUGGCAGCUGAAAGAAUGUCUGCACAUUUGAGUCAAUGGGGUGUCACUGUAACUGAAACAAACUGAGCAUUAGUCAGAGUUCUAGAUUGCUAUUUACUUUGUUGUGAAGAAAUAAAAAUGAUUACUGUACAAA